AUGUCUGCAGAGGUUAGAAGAGACACCGUUACAUUCUUCAUUAAACUGAUAUCUAUUUCAAUUGUUUUAGGGACAUCAUUCGCUGCAGAAUUUAUCGACAGUCUGGCUGUGUCAGAAACGAAAUCUGUUCCGAGUGACAUUAGUACAUCCAGCCGGCACAAACGGGCGCCCGGUUGGGGUAAACGGGCGCCUGGUUGGGGUAAACGGGCGCCUGGUUGGGGUAAGAGGUCUGACGUGAGCAAAGAUCUUUUCGACCCACAAGAAGCUGUUUUGGACAAUUUAAGAAUUUCUGCCUUGAAGUCAAACUCAUAUUUGCCAGAGGAAAUUUCCUCUUCUGAACAAAAGAAGAGGGAUCCCGGAUGGGGCAAAAUAUCGUGUCAAAACGAUGCAUACGCAUAUCCUUGGUUAAGAGAUCGAAGCAAUGCUCUUCCCUAUUGGAGGAAGAGGAGAAUUGGUGCUGAACAAGACAAUGGAAUCAUUGAUAUUGAAAGAAGAGCUCCAGGGUGGGGCAAACGGGCACCGGGCUUGGGGAAGAGAAACUAUGAGGAGGAUUUGAGUUCAAACAAUGCAGACAUGGACAGUGGAUAUGAUAGCUGGGACAGUAAUAGUAAUGUUGAUGAACAAUUAUUUGAAAAUUCAGAAAUAUCCCAGGAGCCUAUGAUUAGCUAUACAGUUUUGCCCGGAAGGACGCUUUUGUCUCAAGAUGUAUUUUCUGUAGAAAGUGGAGCAACCGGCUUGGCAGGUAAACGAGCUCCUGGAUGGGGAAAGAGAGACUAUCAUAGUGAAAUGGCUGACGAGGCUGUUUCCCAACAAAAACGAGCACCAGGAUGGGGCAAGAGAAGCUAUCAUAGUGAUGCAGUUGAUGAGGAUGCACAGACAGAAAAACGAGCACCCGGGUGGGGGAAGAGAGCACCUGGAUGGGGUAAGAGAGCACCUGGAUGGGGGAAGAGAGCACCUGGAUGGGGUAAGCGAUCUCAAGGUUGGGAAGGAAAACGAGCUCCUGGAUGGGGCAAGAGAAGCUACCAGACUGAAGUAAUUGACGAGGACGCAACCACAGACAAAAGAGCACCAGGCUGGGGUAAAAGAGCUCCUGGGUGGGGGAAAAGAACUUACGAAACUGAGCUGGAGGACGAAGUCAGUGACAAACGGGCUCCAGGAUGGGGAAAACGUGCAGCCACCAGGGUGAAAAGAUCGCAAAAUUCUAUCAACAAAUCUACGAAAGACAACUGUAACAAGUUGCAGUUUUUAGAGAGUGCCUACAUAGCCAAAAUUCAAGAGCUCGCUGGCCGACGGUCCACUGAGUGCGGAAACACGAACGACGCUAACAAGAUCUUGGGGAGUAGAGACAACUGA